GCGUGCCCAGCCCCGCUGUGUUGUCGUUGGGCUACAGUUAGAGGACACGGUCAAGAUGGCGGCGGUGUCUGCACUGGUGCGGAGACCCCUUCACCAGGUCUCCGGGCUGCUGAGGAGGCGCUUCCAUCGGACCUCGCCUGCGGCACUGCAGGUGACAGUGCGUGAUGCUAUAAAUCAAGGAAUGGAUGAGGAGUUGGAAAGAGAUGAGAAGGUAUUUCUGCUAGGAGAAGAAGUUGCACAGUAUGAUGGCGCAUACAAGGUUAGUCGGGGCCUGUGGAAGAAAUAUGGAGAUAAGAGGAUUAUAGACACUCCUAUAUCUGAGAUGGGCUUUGCUGGAAUUGCUGUAGGUGCAGCUAUGGCUGGAUUGCGACCCAUUUGUGAAUUUAUGACCUUCAAUUUCUCUAUGCAAGCCAUUGACCAGGUUAUAAACUCCGCUGCCAAGACCUAUUACAUGUCAGGGGGCCUUCAGUCUGUCCCUAUAGUCUUCAGGGGACCCAAUGGUGCCUCUGCAGGCGUAGCUGCUCAACACUCACAGUGCUUUGCUGCCUGGUAUGGGCACUGCCCUGGCUUAAAGGUGGUCAGCCCCUGGAAUUCAGAAGAUGCAAAAGGACUUAUUAAAUCAGCCAUUCGGGAUAACAACCCAGUGGUGGUAUUAGAGAAUGAGUUGAUGUAUGGCGUUCCUUUUGAACUUCCCUCAGAAGCUCAGUCAAAAGAUUUUUUGAUUCCUAUUGGGAAAGCCAAAAUCGAAAGGCAAGGGACACAUGUAACUGUGGUUGCUCAUUCAAGACCUGUAGGCCACUGCUUAGAAGCUGCAACGGUGCUAUCUAAAGAGGGAAUUGAAUGUGAGGUGAUCAACUUACGUACCAUCAGACCAAUGGACAUUGAAGCAAUAGAAAACAGUGUCAUGAAGACAAAUCAUCUCGUAACCGUGGAAGGAGGCUGGCCACAGUUUGGAGUAGGAGCUGAAAUUUGUGCCAGGAUCAUGGAAGGCCAAGCAUUCAAUUUCCUGGACGCGCCUGCAGUUCGUGUCACUGGUGCUGAUGUCCCUAUGCCUUAUGCAAAGAUUCUAGAAGACAACUCUGUGCCUCAAGUGAAAGACAUCAUAUUCGCAAUAAAGAAAACAUUAAAUAUCUAGUUUGGGCUUGAAUUUCAAGUCAUUGGGAUUUACUUAAAAUAUUUGCUGACACUUGACCUGGAUUGUACUGUAAUACCUUAUGGCUCAAAAGCAGCAACACAGAUGUUUUUGUAUUGGGAAGAAGUUUAAAUGUGCUUGUAUAUGGAAAGCUCCAUUCUCCUUCCCUGGGCUCCAUGCUUUUUUUUUUUGUCUGUUACAGUAACCAUGUUCUUUGACUAAGACUAAUGUAAACUUUCACCUUUUGAUUAGAAGGACAAGAUAUGAAUGUGGCUGAGUCCCAAUGAAAGAUAUAUCCAAAAAGAUGUAUGUAAAAUAAAAGCAUAUAAUCUACAUUUACUGUUUUUUUUUUGAUAAGGAAUAAAAGAAUUCCUA